AGGUUUAAGCACGGCCUCGAUGCUUUCAAACCAUUUUUGUCUUUCCGGCGCACUCUCUCCUCUGCUAGGAGUUGCGUCCGGCGAGGUUACGGUAAUGACAUAUAGAGGCGUCGCCGGAACUGCUUAGCUCAUCGGAUUCAGGUGUUUGUGGUGAUGAAAGCAAAGCUACUCUCACUUAGAGAGAAUGACGCGGGAGCGAUAUUUCCCGCUCCAAUGGGAACCAACCCUUGAUAUUCGGUUCAGUUGGACAGUUCAUAACUAUCUGAACAUGAAUUUGGGAGAAGCUGUUAGCAAGCCUACCACUUCUUCAAGAAAUGCCAGUGACACACUCUCAGCAGAAGGACAUAUCUUUAAAGGAUCCAGUUAUGAAGAGAAAAACGUUACUUGCUUGUUCCAUCAGAUGAAAAAUAUAGAAAUAGAUCCUAAAGAGGAUGGUGAUAGGAAAUUGAAUAGUAAGCAUUCCAUUAAUCAACCUUGUAUUGCUGCUAGAAAAGAAAUGAAUGCUUCAUCUGAUGUUCCCAAAGCUUGGGAUUUGGGUGAUUGUGCUGCAGGAGAAACCAAACAACUAGAUGGAAGUUGGGGCUCUUGGGAUACAGCUCACAAGGUAUCUCCAUCGCUACAAAAUUGGUGGCAAUGGUUUGCAAGAGCUGGUAAGCCUGCUCCACAUAUCAGUUCUCAAGUUGAAAACCACGACUUGAAUCUGCAGCAUGAGUCAUUCUCAGCGGAUGAUCCUGAAUUUGAUGAACUUCUUCCUCAAGAUGUUGGUGGUGGUGUUGAUGUUGAUGAUGAUUUGCUAGAUGAUAGUGAAGAUGAUUUUAGUGAUGGUUUUUACUCUGAUGACAGUCAAAAGAGCCAUGAUACACGAAAGAAGAACAAGUGGUUGAGGCCAUUUUUUGAAUCUUUGGAUAAUCUGAGUUUGGAACAGAUAAAUGAACAAGCUAGACAAUGGCACUGCCCAGCCUGUCAGGAUGGUCCCGGAGCUAUCAACUGGUACACUGGUCUGCAAGCUCUAAUGGCGCAUGCAAGGACGAAAGGAAGAAUUAGGAUGAGGCUUCAUAGGGAACUCGCAGAAGUUUUGGAAGAGGAAUUGCAAAGGAGGGGUACGUCAAUCCUACCAGCUGGUGAAGCAUUUGGAAAGUGGUGGGGUCUAUGUGAGAUGGCUGCUGAUCAUGAGAUUGUUUGGCCUCCAAUGGUGGUUGUAAUGAACACAAUACUAGAAAAGGAUGAAAAAGAUAAGUGGAAAGGCAUGGGUAAUCAAGAGCUUCUUGAAUAUUUUAGUACUUAUGAUGCCGUAAAAGCUCGUCAUUCCUAUGGUCCUAAUGGGCACCGUGGCAUGAGUGUUCUAAUAUUUGAAGCCUCUGCAAUGGGCUAUUUAGAAGCUGAACGUUUGCACAAGCAAUUUAGAGGCGAGGGAAGAGAUCGAGAUGCUUGGGAAAGGCAUCCGACACUGUUCUAUCCAGGGGGUAAGCGUCAGCUAUAUGGUUCCUUGGCAUCCAAAGAGGAUUUGGUCAUCUUCAACCAGCAUUCCCAUGGGAAAGGAUGCCUCAAGUUUGACGUGAGAUCUUACCAAGAAAUGGUCUUGGGGCCAAUGAAGCAGAUGAGUGAAAAUAACCAGAAGCUGAUUUGGCUUAAGAACAAAAUUGUGAAACAAGAGCAGCGCUCAAAGGUUCUUAAGGAGACAUUUGAGGUGGUGAGCCAGAAAUUGCGUGAUACAUUCGAUGAAAAUAGGAUUGUGAGGCACAAAAUGAAGAUUCAACAUGAAGAAAAUAAAGAAGAGAUGGAUUAUCAAGGGAAAUUUGUCAAGGAACAAAUGGACAAAAUAAAUAAAAUCAAAGAAGAUAAGGAAAUGGCAUUUGAGAAUUUGUUACAGGAGCGAGCGAAGGCUAACCAAUUUGAUGUCAACUUUGGAACCAUUGUGGACUGCAAGCAGAGGAAUGAAGAGAUUAAAAAGUUCAUUUCUAGCCAGUUGAAAGAAAUUGAGGAGUUUGAAGCUGAGAGGAUAAAACUGAUGCGGGCUUAUGAAGAAAAGAAGACUGAACUGAAGCGAAAGCAUCUGACAGAGGAGAUCGAGUUAGAGAAGAACUUUGAUGCUGAACUUACGAAAUUGAUGGAAAAGUAUGCUCAACCUACCUUAUCAAAUUUAAAGUAGCUCGUAAGAUUUAAAAUAUGGAACAACUCUUAAUUAUUUUCUAAGCUGAUAGACAGAAGCGCAGUCUGAAUUUAAAGUACAUAUAUUUUUUUCUUCUGUAGUUUUUAUUGAUAGAUUUGAAAAGCAUGGUUUUUUUUAGCUCAAAA